AUGAACUCGACCGGAAUGUAUUGUUUAUGCAGUGUCAUCAUGAAGUCUUUGACGUGGUCAAGAGAUUCUCAUGGCCUCUUUGACUAUGAGUCAAGAAAUAUCCUCAAAAGAAACCUAAAAGCAUACGGGCCAUGCGAAGUUUUAAGAAAAGGAAACGAAGUGACUCUUUGCACUUCCCAGAGCGGCAUUUCACAGUUUACAGCUGAAUCUCUCCCACUUGCUUCACUACUUCAGACAGAGACAGGCUUGUUUUAUGUGAAACCAGCAGAAAAUGAGCAGCUUUGACUAGUGGUGAGAUCAUAUAAACAACCCGGCUUAGAAAAUGGUUUUCAGCUCUCAGAAGGUGACGUUGUGAAAUUUGGACGUGUAAGAUUUCGAAUAAGAUCCCUUAAAACCAAUCCUUCAAUAGACACUGACUCUUUCGAUGAAGAAGCCUUAAUAAUAGACUCAAGCCUAGAAAGCGAAAACAAAAUUUGCCGAAUUUGCCUUUCAGAUGGCAGUGAGCCUGACAACCCUAUGAUUUCUCCUUGCAAAUGCUCAGGAUCAGUCAAGCAUAUACACCUCUUGUGCCUUGUCAGAUGGAUUACUUCAAGACUGGCAAUAAAAGCUGAUGACAACUUGCACUCUUAUUAUUGGAAAUCGGUGGACUGUGAAAUAUGCAAGCAUGCCUUUCCAAUGACUAUUAAUCACCAAGGGAGGAUGAAUGAGCUUUUUCCAAUUGAAAAACCUUCAGAACCUUAUGUGAUUUUAGAAGAAAUCAGUAAGGAAAGGAGCAGCAAGUCUAUUCAUGUGAUACAUUUAAAAAAUAAAGACUCAGUUAGGCUUGGAAGAGGGCAUGAGAGCGAGGUUAGAGUUUCGGAUAUUUCAGUAUCUAGAUGCCAUGCUGUUAUUUCCUAUAGAAAUGGGAACUUUUAUUUAGAAGACAAUAAGUCCAAAUUUGGAACACUUGUGGAAGUCUCAGAAGGGUAUGCUUUGGAGCAAAAUUCGCAAAUCGCUAUGCAGGUUGGGAUACAUUAAAAUGGUGUGGUGAAUCAAUACCCUCUUAACUCUUGUAGCCGAUAUCCCACAGUGUGCAGGGACCUUGAGGGAGGGAGGGAGGAUAAUGCUCAGAAUGUGCAUACGCGAUUUUAAUUGAUUUGGUGAAGCGCAAUGUCGGGCUGACGACCGCAAGCUUUAUUCCAAUGCUAGUUUUUGCCUCAGUGAGAAAUGGGUCCGGAAGUUGAAAUGGGUCUCCCAGAAGUGCCAAUGGCGUUCAUAUUGUGGGACUAUUCCCCAGUGUGAAGCCAGAAGCCACGCCCUGGGCUACAGAUUUCCAUUUUGGCAGAGAGUCAACCAGAAAAUUCAACCCUUUAUAUUUCAAUGGUGGGCAACUAUACUAACGUGCGGCACGGUGAUGCAACUCACUCAAAUAACGGGUAGCGAGUGCAACCCUCGUCCUAAAUAAGCAACUUUUGUAAGGUCAUGCAUGAACUGGCUAGAAAGCGAAAGAAGUGCUAAGAGCAGAGGUAGUACUUCGGGAAUUACAGUGAGCUUCUCUACUAUGCAGGUUGGGAGGACUGUUAUUUCAUUUUCAAUUAAAGGUGAAGGUCAAAGUCAUGUAAACGAGUUGGAGUCUUUGAACAUGUCGCUGGAUGAAACUGUUGCGGAUCCAGAUUUUGAAGAAGAUUAA